AUGAGUGACAGCCCUCUGCCCUCUCUCGGGGCUGCUGGGGCCGCCGCGGCGAAAUUCAUCUCUGCUGCACCCAUCAUUGUCGCGAAUAAUGGCGCCAACUACGAAGAAACCGCGACCGGAGGCGCGGUACAAUACAACGACCUGCGUGACCCCUUCUACGCCUCCAUUUUCCCCGUCUGCUACGCACUCGCCGCGACGACAGUGACGGCCUACAUGCUCGUCAUCAUGCUUUUCAUUACACCUCGUUCCUUUCUCGAUGGUGGUGUCGUGUACUUGGGUCGACGCGGGUUUACCAGUGGUGGAACAUCGAAUGGAAUCAGCAUUGGAGGACGACCGUGGCUGCAGAAGGUGGCCGCGGUAACCGUUGCAAUCUCUCUCACAAUAGCCAGCGCCGACACGUUUAAAGUUGCGGAACAACAGUACCAGUGGGCAAUCCAGGACGCCAAAAAGAUGCAAUCGGAGGUCCUGGACGGCACCGAACUAAAGGUCAUUCGCCUGAUCUCCGACACAUUUUUGUGGCUGGCGCAGGCCCAAACUCUCAUCCGACUCUUCCCGCGCCAGCGGGAAAAGGUUAUCAUCAAGUGGACUGCAUUCGCGUUGAUCACCUUGAACCUCAUCUUUAGCGCACUGAACAGCUUUCAAUACCCCACCAGCGGGAGCAACGGCAACGGCCGUCCUCGAAGCUUUGUCGACGCCGUUCCCGCUCUCAGCUACCUAUUCCAACUCUCCCUCGGCCUUUUGUAUGCUGCUUGGGUUAUUUACUAUUCGCUUAUGAAAAAGCGAUACGCCUUUUAUCAUCCGUUGAUGAAGAACAUGGUUUUGGUCUCUACCCUUUCCCUCUUUGCCAUUCUCGUCCCGGUCUUCUUCUUCGUGCUGGAUAUGGCACAGCCCGACUUUACGGGAUGGGGAGACUACGUCCGCUGGGUUGGUGCCGCAGCUGCCAGCGUGGUGGUUUGGGAAUGGGUAGAGAGGAUCGAAGCGCUGGAGAGAGAGGAGAAGAAGGACGGCAUCCUCGGGCGCGAGAUUUUUGACGGAGACGAAAUGUUGGAAGUAUCCGCCUCUGAGUUCCCGUGGCUCAGGAGAAGGAAGAACAGGAACGGCGGCCGCGAUGGAGGUGACGGUGGUCAAGACGGCCCACAAGGUGGUGCCGGCGCUCAAGGUCCCCCUGCCAGUGGCAGAGCCAAUCUCUGGCCCGGCAUGACACAGAUCGCCUCGAGGUAUCGCGCCAAUAACGCCAACGGUGAGCCGAACAACGCUCAGAACAACCAAAGAUCCAUGGGUGGUCUCUUGCGCCCGCCGGUGUGGCCUUCUCGACCUGCUCCGGCGGUAACUCCCGUGAGCCGAACUGAUACAGCAAGCGCGGCGAGCACCGUAUACGCUGUCAGAUACCAACUGCCAUCGGAAACGACCUCGCGCACACCAGAAGCCCCCCCUCUUCAGGUUGCUAAUCAGCCUCAACGUAACGCCGCAGCCGCCACGGCCAGAAGCCACUCGGCAUCUUCAAGAAGCGAGCCAACCUCCACUGACGAGGACGCGUCGAUGGCAGCGCCCAUUCCUAGACAAGCUACUCACAAGGCUGUUGAAAUUGACACCGAAGCUCAGGAAGAAAUUGCCGCAAGAGGCAGAAACGGAUGGAGAUCUAUUGUUGCUAAGCCCCUCUUCCGACGGACCGCUCGCGACCCGCCCGCCGAGGUGAUGGCCCAUGCAGAGUCCAAGUCAGAGACUCGUAAUGGCCAUGAUGAUACUGAAAUAUGGGAUCUCCGGGCUCGUUUGGAAGACUUUGCCGCGACACAAGUCGAAAAGAUCAGAGAAAAGAUGCGCCCAACCCCCGAGACAGAUAGUCUACCAGUGACCGUCAUCCCGGCGCCGCCGAGGCAAGGUACGGCACUGGCUGAGGUGCUCGAAGAGAGAGGUCAAGAAUCCCCCGAGCGUGCGGCACUCGACAGGACAGCCAGCAACUACUCAUACCAGUCACGGGACGCGAGCCAACCCGCAGAGUCGGCCGCGUCGCAACUGAACAGACCGCCACUCUGGCCUGGCAUACGAUCUCAACAACACGAGCACGAGCCUCAGUCCCCCGGACCGCCUUCCCACGGUCGGCGACCGGGGGAUGACGUGGGCCCGCCGCCUACUCUCUGA